GCACCUUCCUUCCUAUCUAUCUCUCUUUCCUUCCUUCCACACGCCUUUUCUUUCCUUCUCCCUCCUCCCUCCCUCUAUAUAUUCCUCCUCCCCCUCUCUCCUGUCUCUCUGUCAAACACAAAUCUUCGGAAACUUAUAUCUUAACGUUUGUUCUUUUUAUCCACUUUUUCUUUUCAUGAAAACAUGGUUGAUUUAGAUUGGAAAGCUAAGAUGGUCUCCUCUGAUCUCCCAAACAAGUCCCCUAAACUAUCCAACAAGCUUCAUGUCAUGAUCCCUUCAACGACGACGUUUCGUGGAGUCACCAAUAUCUCGCCGGUUCCCGCAUCUGAUUCAUCUUGUUCGGCUUACGAGCACUACCUUCGGUUGCCUGAGUUGAGGAAGCUGUGGACUUGUAAGGAGUUUCCAGAUUGGAAAAACGAGUCGAUUUUGAAACCGGCUUUGCAGGCUCUAGAGAUCACAUUUCGGCUCGUUUCAACCAUUUUAUCGGACCCGAGACCGUAUGCGAAUCGGAGAGAAUGGAAGCGGAGGCUCGAGUCGCUUGCUACUUCACAGAUUCAGCUGGUUGCUAUACUUUGUGAAGACAACGAAGAAGAUGGAGACACACGUGGGACGGCACCGGUGUUUGAUUUACGUUCAUCUAACGGCAUUUUGGGUCGGGAUGGGAGUUACGCUGAGGUAUGGAAGGUCUCACCUGAAACCACCGUGGUCAACUUGACUAGCGAGGCCAGCCUCCUUCCUCUCCUUGCGACGUGGCAGAAAUCGGAGGACAUCGCGCAGAAAAUCCUCUACACCAUCGAAUGCGAGAUGAGGCAGUGUCCAUACACUCUAGGUCUCGGAGAGCCGAACCUCGCCGGGAAACCUAACCUCCACUUCGACGCCAUUUGCAAGCCAAGCGACGUUCAUAGUCUCAAGAAGAAUCCUUACGAUCAGAUAGACAACCACGAGAACCAAACGCUGUACACCAUACACCAGAUUCUAGAGUCGUGGAUUCAAGUAGCUAAAGAGCUCAUUAAACGCGUAAUUGAAAGAAUCGAAAGCAAGAAAUUCGAUAAGGCAUCAAGCGAUUGCUAUUUGCUCGAAAGAAUUUGGAAGCUUUUAUCAGAAAUAGAAGAUUUGCAUCUGUUACUGGAUCCAGACGAUUUUUUGAGGCUCAAAAACCAAUUGCUCAUGCGAUCACUAGAUGAAACAGAGGAGUUCUGUUUCCGAUCGAGAGCGCUGGUGGAGAUAACGAAAUCAUGCAAGGACUUGAAGCACAAGGUUCCGGAGAUUCUCGGCGUGGAGGUUGACCCCAAGGGUGGACCAAGGAUACAGGAGGCGGCGAUGAGAUUGUACAGCGAGAAGAGAGAAUUCGAUAAGAUUAGUUUACUUCAGGGGCUGCAGGCGACUGAGGCGGCGUUGAAGAGGUUUUUCUACGGAUAUAAGCAGCUGCUGGUGGUGGUUAUGGGCAGCUUGGAGGCUAAAGGGAAUCGGAUUUUGGCGACUUCUGAGACUUGUGACUCACUGAGUCAGCUGUUCAUGGAGCCGACUUAUUACCCGAGUUUGGAUGCAGCCAAGACGUUUUUGGGGGAGUUUUGGAGUCAUGAACAGGAUGGGUCGGAGAAACGGAAUCGAAGAACGUAGGUGGCGGUACAGGUGGGGAAUGAGGUGGACUCGGUGGCUGACUCAGUUUUGACCGAGUCAGUUGGUUGUCAGAAAUUCUAGUUUGAAACAGACACAUACAAUUUUCCAUUCAUUGUACCAAAAAUGUUGAACAUUGUAAAAUUUUUCCAUAUAUUUAUUAUUAUAAUAUAUUACAUUAAAAUUUAAUUUUAAA